AUGUCGGAGAAUGGGAAGAAGCACUCGAUUUCCCGUGAAUCUCUCCUCAAAAUGUUCUCUGGAUCGACAGUGCUCGACUCAAUCAGCCCGAAAGCCGCUUCUAAGGAUCCUAUAGCUGAAAAGGAAAAUAACGUACCCAUCGGAUAUCAGCAAACGAACAAAAUUAUGAUGCAGCAAAUUCGACAAUUGAAGCUCGAUGUGGCAAACGGCAAAAGACAAAUCGAGGAUCUGCGAAAGGAAAACUUCCGACUAAGCGAAUGUCUCCACGCGCUCGAAGCGGCAACCGAGAAUGAACGUGUGGAGAUGAUUUUGAACGAAAGAUUAAAGAAAAAACUUGGCCAGUUGGCUCAAAUCUCUAAACGUUGCAUCGAGACGAUGGAAAAGCACAAAGAGGACUUUACAAUUGUUUUGAGCGAUAUUGGG